GUAAAAUUUUGAAGACGAUUGGUGCAUAUUUAACAAAAUGCCAGCACCAGUCCUGUUACUUUUGGAACACCCUGUAUGAUAAGGCAAUAUCGAUUGAUUUACAUGUAAAUAUUGAUACCUAUACUAAUAGAGAUCGGGGAUUCCGAUUUUCGGAGACUUAACCAUCAAAGACGUCACAGAUACAGUUUCUCGUUACUCUACUUUCCACGAUGAUUCGGCCAAAAGGACACUAUCAAAAAUACCAUAAUAGUAGUAUCAUAUAGUUUCAAGAAAACGUCAUGAAUAUGACUCGACAUACGCGACUCCUUGGUGAUCUUCAACCUUCAAGAAUUGACAGAAAAAUUGUAAUUCAGUCUGACAGAGCAUCUAUGGGAACAAUAAUCAAAGCAAGGGAAGUUUUAUGGAACCGUGUUCCAAGAAAACUGGCCAGAACAAUAAAAGAUCCAGAAAUGGAAUACAGACGCUAUGUUGCCAUGCAAACUAAAAGGCAAUCAGUACAUGAUAAAGAACCAAUCCAGAAUCUUCAUCGUCGUCAUGGUAUAAAAAGAGCAAUUCCCAUGGAGACCCUUUUUGAACAUGCACCAAAAGAUCGUGAUGUGAACUCAAACACCUUGUCAUUCAACGAUAUGAAAACAAAAAGCCAUCCAUAUUCAAUGGGAAAAACUCUUUCAAGGCCUCUGCAGGGUGGUCCGAAUAGUCAGAAUGCAACUACAAAUCUUCCAUGGAAGAGUUUACCUGCCCAUGAACGUAACCAUAAAGAACGUGACAACAUGCUCGAUGUUUCUUUAAAUGACAUCAUUUCUGUGAAAUAUUCUCGCUACUAUGAUUGGGACGAUAGGAGUAAGACCAAACCGAAACAAAACGAACCAUUUUUUGGUUCUGAAAUAAACAAAUUAUCUGCACAAUGGAAAGACAGGAUGCCAAGAAACAAGCAACGAAAGUGUGCAAAAAGGUCAACCGGAAAAUUGUGCAGAAUAACUGAAAACAUUCCAUAAAAGAAAUAACAUGAAGGAACGGGACAGAUUUUGGCAAAAAUGAUAGACUUUAAAAAGUAGCAUGUGUUUGAUGAUAGAGCUCUUUAUCAAACCAGAAACAUUAUUGAAGCAACAUUUUUAAAAAAUUGUUUUGUAAAUAUCGCAAACUUAAACAUUGUUUUUUAAUCCUUCGCAACCAAAAAUAAGAUUUACUUAACGUUAAUAACUGACAUUAAUCUACUGUUUACAGAUAUGAAAUAUACAUGGGUGUAUCCAGCUUCAGUAAGGGGGUGCGAUCGCCAACAAAAUAUCCUUUAAGAUUUCAAUUUGACAAAAAUUGAUGUAACUUCCUUUAAAAUUGAGCUAGAAACUGAAAAAUCUGAAAAAUAACAAGGAGGAUGGUGCAAAUUUGAGAACCCCCAUCCC